AUGAUAGGUUCGAGUUGUGGGGAUUCUUCUCUUGUUAAUCGUGGCUGUGAUGAUGUUACUUCUGUUGGUAGUGGAACUGUUCCCUCGAGUCAGAACGAAGAAUCUGUGACAAGUUACUCAGAUGUUCGUGAAAGAUUUUAUCUUCCUGUUAAUGUUCCUGAUGUUUCAAAGCCAAAUAUUAAUCAAUCUUUUCAGAGUCUGGAUCAGGCUUUUGUAUUCUAUAAAGAUUAUGGUCGUUUAAGUGGUUUUGAUGUGAGGAAGGGAACUGAAAAGAAGGAUGCAUUUGGUACUAUUACUUUCAAACACUAUACAUGUAGUAAAGAAGGUUCUAAUGAGUUUCGUAGUAUUUCGGACAGUAAUUCAAGUAAUGUGAAGCGUAGGCGAACUGCUUCUACAAGGUGUUGUUGCAAAGCGAAGAUAGUUUUGAAGCUUAAUAAAGAUAGACAAUACUUUGUCUUUAAGUUUGAUGAAGAGCAUAAUCACCCUUUGGUUGAUGAAUCUGGAAGGCAGUUUUUGCGAUCUAGUCGUGAAAUGACAGUUAGUUCUAGGAAUUUUGUGUUUGAUGCUACAAAAGUUAACAUUGGUUGUAGUAAAGCUUAUGGAUUGAUGAAAGAAAUGGUUGGUGGUUAUUCGAAUGUUGGAGCUACAUUGAGGGAUUUUAGGAACUUUAAUCGGGAUUUGAAAGAGUACGUUGGUGAAAGAGAUGGGCAGAUGUUGAUUGAUAAGUUUAAAGUUUUUCAGGAGAGCUCGAGUUCUUUCUAUUAUGCGUAUGAUCUUGAUGAAGCAGGGCGUUUGACAAAGCUUUUUUGGGCUGAUGCAAUUUCUCGGAGGAAUUUUGAGGUUUAUGGUGAUGCCGUCUCAUUUGAUGCGACGUUUGACACAAAUAAGUAUAACAUGAUUUUUGCCCCAUUUAUUGGGGUUGAUAAACAUGAAAAAUGCAUAACCUUUGCUGCAUGCCUUUUGUCAAAGGAAGAUGUCACGCACUAUAAAUGGGUUUUUGAUCAAUUUUCUACAUGUAUGGGGCGACAUCCUGUUGUUAUUGUGACAGAUCAGUGUCCUGCAAUGAAAAUUGCAGUUUCUUCGUCGCUUUCUUCGAAAAAUGGUCUUGUUGCUACUAAGCACCGUUUGUGCAUGUGGCAUAUCAUGCAAAAGUUUCCUAUAAAGCUUGGUAAUCGAUUAUGUAAAGAAACAGACUUUAUGGAGAAAUUGAAAAAAUAUAUAUGGUCAACACACCUAGAGAUUACUGAUUUUGAACAAGGUUGGGAAGCUGUUAUCAAAGAAUUUAAUUUGGAGAAUGACAAGUGGCUGACUGAUAUGUAUGCUAUUAGAUCAUUGUGGAUUCCAUCCUUUUUCAGAGAUGAGCCUAUGUUUGGGUUGAUGAGGACCACAUCUAGGUCAGAAAGCGAGAAUUUUUUCUUUGCUCAGUUUCAUAGACAAGCUGACACAUUAUGUGAGUUUUGGUUGCGGUUUCAAAGUGCCAUGGAAAGACAAAGAAACGAGACAAAGAGACUGGAUGAAGAGUCGAAAUCAAGCUUUCCUACUACUUUGUCUAGAUGGUUUAUUGAAGAUGAUGCAGCUGAUUUGUUCACUCGAACGGUUUUUUACAGAGUUCAGGAGGAAAUUCUGGCAGCUUGUUUGGAUAUGCAGAUAAAGCGAAUGAGUGAAGAAAUAGAUGGUGUUACGAACUUUGAAAUUAAGGAUGUGAAAGUUAAAGAAAAGAUCUUUAAGGUGUCGCAAAUUGGAGUAACUAGAUUCCCUAGAAGUCUUCUUCUUAACCGUUGGUCCAAAAUUGCGGAUUCUGGAAGCUCAUGUGAUAUGAUAUCUACUGAUUACUUGAAGAUGGAAAAUGUUUCUUUGAAAUUGAUGAACAUUUGGUUUGACUUUCGUCAAGUUCUUAACAAGGCUGGAUUGCAGAUGGAAGCUCUGGAAUUUGUUCAUAAGACAGUCAAGCAGUUGAGCAGUGAAGUUGGAGGUGGUUGUACUGAUGGUGGUGGUUUUUCAAAAAAAGACCAUCUUGCUUCUUUGAUUGGUGACCAACCUCAGGGUGAGAUUACAGUUUUAGUUCCUAAUGUUUCCAAAAACAAAGGAAACUAUUUUAAAUCAACAAGGUUGAUUAGCGAGAGAGAGAAAGCAAUUACUAAGUCAAAAAAGAGAAUCCGAAAGUGUAAAGAAUGUUUAGCAACUACUCAUGAUUCACGUACUUGUCCAUGUAUCAACAACCAUGGUUUCUAUAUGCUUCCCAAUAUUUAG